AUGAGAAUACUAACGUCGCUCGGCCUUUUGCCUGCCCCGGUUCAUCUGGGCUUCGCCGCUUCUUCGCGGGUCAAGUACAACUUCACUUCCGACUGGCGUCUCUUCGUGGGCGAUGCGAAAGCUGUGCAGGCUUCUUCUUUUGACGACAACGAUUGGAAGCCUAUUACAACCCCGCAUGCAUGGAACGAAGAUGAAGCCUUCCUCGUGGACAUUGCGAAUUUGUCUACCGGCAUUGCAUGGUACCGAAAGAAUUUCAAGCUUCCCUCUUCCGCCACGGGGAAGAAGGUCUUCCUGGAGUUCGAAGGAAUUCGACACAGUGGCGAGUUUUACCUGAACGGUAAUUGGAUAGGACGCAUCGCUGCGCGUAUCGAUAACUCGUGGAACUACCACGAGGUCUCGACAGGCUCAACAUACCAAUGGUCCGACAAGAACUUAUAUGCCAACUAUGGAGGCAUUAAUAAGAACGUCUAUCUUCACGUCGCCGAUCGCUUAUAUCAGACACUGCCUUUGUAUUCGCAUCUCGGAACGACGGGCGUGUAUGUCUAUCCUAGCAAAAUCGAUGAUGCGAGGACUACCAGUAUCACGGCGGAGUCUCAGGUCUGGAAUGAGUACAACAGCUCGAAGUUGUUAGGCUAUCGAGUUGAAGUCUCGAACGCAAGCAGCAAGGUCAUCAAGUCUUUCAACGGUGCUCAUUAUACACUACAGCCGAAUGAGACACGUAUCAUUGCUGCAUCUUCCGUUCUCUUAGAUCUGAACUUCUGGGGCUGGGGCUGGGGCUGGGGCUAUGGAUAUCUGUAG